AUGCUGACCACUGACAGUCGGCGUCCACAGGCCCUGCAGCGCUCCAGGGUGGUCCAGACCGGAGGACUCGGUGGAAGAGGCCGACCAGCAGCAGCCAAUGCAGCACGGGAGAGGAGUAGAGUGCAGACCCUGAGAAGCGCGUUUCUGGAGCUACAGAGGACCCUGCCCUCGGUGCCACCGGACACCAAAUUGUCCAAGCUCGACGUGUUGAUUUUGGCCACCACGUACAUUGCCCAUCUUACUCGAACCUUGCAAGAGGAGGGUAUGGAGGAGGGAGAGAGCACAAGACAAACUGCGGCGUUACACUCGCUGAAGGGUGAAGGUUACCUGCACCCCGUGAAAAAGUGGCCAAUGCGGUCCAGGUUGUACGUUGGCGCCUCGGGUCAGUUUCUGAACAGCUCAAAACAGACAGAGAAUCAAGACGCGUCAUCGUCGACCUCCAAGACAUAAAUCUAAGGGCAACAUUUGGGAUUCAGACGAACAUCGAUUACUAGGACUUAAAUCAUUAACAAAAUUACAAGGACCUUUGAAAUGGACAGCAGAUAAAUGUUCGCCUGACAGUGCUUAUGCAUUUUAUUUAUCAAACAAUUGAAGUAUCUGCUUUUGACUUCAAUAUUUUCAUAUCAUGUAAAGGAGUCAGUCACGAGACAUUCAAAACUUUUUCAA